AUGUUGUACGGAAACCCGUUACGUGUUCCAGGACAGCUGUUGUCACAGAAAUGCCAAAAGCCAGGUGAAACCGAUUUCGUUUCAUCACUUCGUAAUGCAUUGGCUCAACUGAAGACAAUCAACGGCAGCAGACACGGGCAUCACCCAGUCUAUGUUCCGAAUGACCUCCUAACCAGCAAGUUUGUGUUCGUGCGUGUCGAUCGGGUGAGAGCUCCAUUGGAACAGCGGUAUGAAGGUCCGUUUCAAGUUCUUCAACGAGAUGAAAAAUAUUUCGUAAUUAACAGAAGAGGGAGCAGGUGCACCGUCUCGUUAGACAGAUUAAAACCAGCUUAUUUGACUAACGAUGAACUUACCGGCAAGCAGUUUUCGCCACUUCCUUUAGUCAAUCAUGAGCGGAAACAAGCAUCCGAGAAGAAGGUUCUUAAACCGUCGGCCGUUUCUUCAAAGGUUUCGCGUUCUGGCCGAGCAGUGCAUUUCCCAGCGAAGUUGUGUGACUACCGCGAGUAA